AUGGCUUCAAUUUUAGUCACCAAAAUAGCCACAGGCACCACCGACGAACAAAUUGUUAAAUUCUUCUCUUUCUGUGGUAAAGUCAAGGCGUCCUCCUUUGAACAGGACACCACCCACAGGACCGCAUAUAUCGAAUUUGAGAGGGAAUCUGCUGCACGCACCGCUCUCCUUCUCAACGGCGGUAAUCUUGAGGGCUCUCUUAUUGAAGUUAGUUCCAACGACGUCGACAAUGGCGUUGCUGGGCCUCCUCCUGGCUCCACUGCAAACACUACCACACACUCUCCUCCACCCUCUACUGAGCACGUUGUCCAAGAAGAUAAACCACGCACUGCCAUUCUUGCUCAAUACCUCGCCCACGGCUACCACAUCGGAGACGAAGCCAUCCAGAAAGCCAUCGAUCUCGAUUCAAAGCACGGCAUUUCUAACAGAUUCAUUACCUACCUCCACCAAUUCGACGAGGGUGCCGGUAAGCGCACGGGCAACGCCGACCUCCCCCUAUCGUCGCAGCUCUACGAGAAAGCACAGGGUCUAUUCGGCAAGGCGAAGGAAAUUGACACGCAGAAGGGCAUCUCAGAAAAGAGCACUGGUUGGUUCGGUCCUUACUACCAGAAAGCCCUCAAUUCCCCCUACGCGGCUAAGGUGCAGUCCUUCUACACUAACGCUCAUAAGCAGGUUUUAGACGUACACGAGGAAGCUCUGCGUAUUGCUGCGCAAAAGAAGGAUACCUUUGUCAAUAACGGCGGCGAUGUUAACGCUACUUCUAUCGCUAAAGCCCCGGCUGAUACUGAUGAGAAGAAGCCGGCGUAG